AUGGCGGACGACAAGCAUCCCGAGUUCAAGUACUACGAGUACGACCCGUCCAUCGCUGCUGCUUGCACUUUUGCCGUCAUCUUCGGCUUGUUGACAACAUGGCACAUGUUGUUGAUUGUGAAGCACAAGACGUGGUACUUCAUCCCACUGAUAGUUGGUGGUCUUUUCGAGUUCGGGGGCUAUGUAUCACGAGCAGUGUCUCAUGGGCAAGGACUUCACCAAACACUCGUGCCCUACGUCGUCCAGACCUUACUCUUGCUCGUUGCACCGCCGCUCUUUGCAGCAACGACAUACAUGUUCCUCGGCCAUCUUAUCGUUGGGCUGGACCGCGAAGCCCAUAGCUUGAUCAAGAAAAGAUGGUUAGCAAAGACAUUCGUGACGAGCGACAUCAUCUGCUUCAUUAUACAGCUUGGAGGCGCCGGCCUCAUGGCCAGCUCGACUUCUUCCACAGCUGCUACAGGUUCUCACAUAAUCCUGGCAGGCCUCCUGCUCCAAAUCGUCAUUUUCGGCCUCUUCGUAGCUGUGGCCUGGAUGUUCCAGCGCAAGAUGAUAGGAGCGCCGAACAGUUCCUCAGAUCGUUCAACACCUCACUGGACGGUGUACAUGCGAGUGCUAUACGCCACAAGCGCAUUCAUACUAGCACGGAACAUUGUACGUGUGGCCGAGUUCAUUCUGGGCUUCCAUGGCUAUAUCCUUCUUCACGAGGUCUUCCUUUACGUCUUCGACGCCGUACCCAUGGCAGCUUUCGUGGCUACCUAUGCGGUCUUGUAUCCGACAGCUUUUUCAACAUAUGCUAGAGCUGCGGAGAUGAAGGAGAUGCCUUCAAGGAGAGCAUGA